CGCUGGAUCAAGAAUUUCGAACUCAGACUAAGGACUUGCCGGAGAAAGAUGUAUAUGGCGUACGGAUGGCCGCAGGUGAUCCCGCUGGAACAAGGAUCCUGUCUGUCUUCUCAGCGGAUCAUUUACCUGAAAGUCAUCAGCAGACUGUUGCUCGUUGUUUCGCCUUCUCAUAUCGAGCUCUGGAGCUCAUCGCAGCAUAGAGUGAGGCUGUGGAAAUACAUGAGGGAUGCGGAUUCGGUGCAGCGAGAGGGCGAGAAUUUGUAAGCUGCGUGGAGUCCUGAUGCGAAAUUGAUCGCCGUUCUGGAGCAAUAUUAUCUGUGAUAGUAAACAUAUGCUACUUGG